AUGGUAGUGGAAUUAAAUACAAGACUACCCCAGGAGGGUACCAGCACCCCUGGAGAAUCCCUCGCUGAGCAUCCACGAACAAACUACUUCACUCUUGAGCGUGGGUGCUCAGGCUGCCCCGCGUAUUCUGGGGGGGGCAAAAUUCCGCUCAUGACUAAUGCUGCUCGGGGCAAGCGGAGCAAUACAACCAAGGCGACCCCUGUCACGCUAUCCGUGAAUUUUUGCAACAUCAGGGGAAUUCAUUCCAACCUUAACGCUGUCCAUUACCAUCUAGAGACGGCGAAGCCGGCCUUGCUCUUUUUAACCGAGACUCAGGUGUCCUCUCCGGCUGAUACUUCAUAUCUCUCCUACCCGGGAUACAAAUUGGAACACUCCUUUGUGCCCCGGGCUGGAGUUUGCGUAUACGUCAGAGAGGACAUCUGUUUUCGACGCCUCGGCAGCCUUGAAGGUACGGACCUGUCCAUCCUAUGGCUGCGCGUAGACAGCGACGACCAUCCCCGCGUCUACGGGUGCCUCUAUAGGUCCCAUAGCGGUAAUGCCGACACAGACCGACUCAUCGACCACGUCCAAAUGGCUGCAGACUCCGUGCUACAACAGGUCCCAUCCGCAGAGAUCGUGAUACUCGGUGAUUUCAACGCCCACCACGCUGAAUGGCUUGGUUCUCGUUUAACCGAUCAUGCGGGUAGAUCUGUCUACGACUUUGCUUUGGCAUAUGGUCUAACACAACUGGUUACUUCGCCUACGCGGAUCCCAGAUGUGGAAGACCAUGUACCUUCCCUGUUGGACCUUCUGCUGACCUCUCAUCCGGACGGAUAUCAGGUCUCCGUCGAUGCCCCUCUGGGCUCUUCGGACCAUUGUCUGAUCCGGAGCACGGUGCCACUCACGCUCCAAUCGCAGUUGCGAUCUACAGCUUGCCGCCGUGUUUGGCACUAUAGGUCAGCUGAUUGGGAUGGGAUGCGGUCUUUUUUUGCAUCCUACCCUUGGGGGCGGGUUUGCUUCUCGCCGGAAGAUCCCAGCGUUGUUGCCGAUUCUGUUGCUGAUGUGGUGCUUCAGGGUAUGGAACUUUUUAUUCCAUCCUCUGUGGUGCCCAUCGGAGGCAGAUCCCAGCCAUGGUUUGAUCGCUCCUGUAAAAUAGCAUCACACUAUAAGCAGGAGUGCUACCGGGCCUGGGCUGACGCAUCAACGUCUCGGGAUUUAAACACCAGCGCACUUAAAAAGAAGUAUAAUUCCGCCUCCAGGUCCUUCAAAAGCGUCAUUGCCAAGGCAAGGUCUGAGCACAUCGGCAGAAUUGGCGAGAAGCUAGUUCGCCUUCCUUCGGGAACCCGUGCAUUCUGGUCUCUCGCCAAGGCUGUCCAAGGGAACUUCUGUCAGCCAUCCCUCCCAUCUCUGCACAGAGAGGACGACUCACUGGCCCAUGCCGCAAAAGAGAAAGCCGAUCUGUUGUGCUCUCUUUUUGCGUCUAACUCGACUCUAGAUGACGGGGGGAGCACACCGCCGACCAUCCCGCGAUGUGAGUGCUCCAUGCCGGAUGUGCGAUUUACACAGCGCUCGGUUCGCAAAGCACUCUUCUCCCUGGACGUCAGUAAGUCGAGUGGGCCCGAUGGAGUCCCUCCCAUUGUGCUGAAGACGUGUGCUCCAGAGUUGGCACCGGUUUUAACGCGUCUUUUCCGGUACUCCUACUCCCAAGGCGUAGUCCCGAAUUCAUGGAAGACAGCUUUGGUCCACCCGAUCCCUAAAAAAGGCGACCGCUCAGACCCGUCCAACUACAGGCCUAUCGCCAUCACCUCCUUGUUCUCCAAAAUAAUGGAAUCCAUUAUAAACUGCCAGCUCAUGAGGUACCUUGAGGAUCACCAGCUGAUCAGUGACCGUCAGUACGGUUUUCGUCGGGGUCGAUCAGCAGGUGAUCUUCUAGUUUACUUAACUCAUAGAUGGGCGGAGGCAGUAGAGUCCAAGGGGGAGGCAUUGGCCGUUAGUUUGGACAUAGCGAAGGCCUUCGAUCGGGUCUGGCACAAGGCGCUUCUUUCGAAGCUUCCUUCCUAUGGGCUUCCCGAGAAAUUGUGCAAAUGGAUCACCAGUUUCCUUGCUGAUCGGAGCAUCAAGGUCGUAGUAGACGGUGCAUGCUCUGAUUACAAGCCUAUCAACGCUGGUGUUCCACAAGGCUGCGUGCUAUCACCAACGCUGUUCCUCCUGCAUAUCAAUGAUAUGUUGCUAACUGGUAGCAUUCAUUGCUAUGCAGACGACAGCACUGGGGAUGCCUUAUAUACCGGCCGUGCCAAUAUUUCUCGGGAAAACGUCGCCGAGUACCGGGACAAACUUGUGUCUGAAGUCGAGUCUUUGCUUAACAAAGUCUCGGAUUGGGGCCGACUAAAUCUAGUCCAGUUCAAUCCCCAGAAGACACAAGUUUGCGCGUUUACCGCUAAAAAGAACCCCUUUGUCGUAUCUCCUCAGUUUCAAGGCACUCCCCUUGCUGCCUCAGCCAGUAUCGGAAUCCUUGGCGUCGACAUAUCGAAUAGCGUGCAGUUUCGUGGUCACUUGGAAGGGAAGGCCAAAUUGGCCUCUAAAAAGCUUGGCGUGCUCAGCAGAGCGAGACAGUAUUUCAUGCCGGCACAUCGCUUGCAACUUUACAAAGCUCAAGUUCGGCCCCACAUGGAAUACUGUUCUCAUCUCUGGGCCGGGGCACCCCAGUGCCAGCUCCUUCCACUUGACCGCAUCCAGCGCAGAGCGAUUCGAAUCGUCGACGACCGAGUUCUUUCCGAUCGGCUCGAUACACUGGCACUGCGUAGAGAUGUUGCAUCUCUUUGCGUAUUUUAUCGCAUCUAUCACGGGGAGUGCUCUGAGGAAUUGUUCGGACUAAUUCCAGCCGCUCAAUUUCACCAUCGCACGUCGCGACAAAACUCGCGUUACCAUCCGUACCAUCUGGAUGAUUGGCGGUCCACCACUGUGCGAUUUAGAAGAAGUUUUCUCCCUCGCACAACUUCUUUGUGGAAUCAAUUACCACCAGCGAAUUUUCCGAACCGAUACGACUUAGGAACCUUCAAGAAAAGAGCUUACACCUUUCUAAAAGGCCGGCAACGCAUCUGCAAUCCCCCUGGUGUUGCGGUUGUUCAUGGGCGGCGGUAG